UUUUUUGAUCUCUCAUUGGUGCAGAUUUUGCGUUCUGGGCUUCCUGAUUGGUGUUCAGCGUACGCUUUGAAAUUCCAGCUAUUUGAUUGGCCAUUGUACGCGCAUGUGUGUUUGUGUGUGUUUGCAAGAAGUUAGCGUUGGAGUAGAUUGGAAUGAAAUAAUUAACCUUAUUUACUUAGCUGAAAGAUCGUAAUUUAUUGUUUUAUAGAGUGACAUAAAACGUACAUGCAUAAUUUAAUAUUAAACUAUGGCUUUUGUAUUCAAUAGCACAGCCCAAACGAGCGGCUUUGAUACAGAUUGUUUUCUUUGAAUAUUAACAGCGUUUAUGACUGGAAACAGAGAUAUACAGUUAUAUAAAUAGAUGUCAUACAACGUGUUUAACAAAGCACAAUGUGCAUCAUAUGUUUAGUUGCAUUUCUGUUUUGCAUAACAGCCGUGCAAUGUUCUUCCUCCAACACCUCCAAACUGAUAGAAGAUUCCGGCCAGAGCUUCAUGGAGAGGAUGAACAUGGGAAAAACAUCCUUCAUUUACUUUGGAAAUGAUGUCAAUCCAACCAUCAAACAGUUCCUGGAUCAGCUGGAGAUUUCUGCAGAUGCCCUGGAGGACUAUGGGAUAUCUGUUGCAAAGGUGAACUGUUCAAAGGAAGCUAUAGCCUCUUACUGCACAGAUGAAAAGCUGAUGACAAAGGCAUAUUUAUUCAGAGGUUCUGAGGUUCUAAGGAGCUUUGACAUUGAUACGGUGUUUGACGUCAAUGCAAUCGUUUCUCACGUUCUGUUCACUGUUCUGUUUAAUGAGGUGCGGUAUGUCCACACACCAUCUGAGCUUCUGCUGGUGGAGAACGCAGCCAAACAAAUGAGAGAUGUUGUGGUUGGUCACAUACCAGUACUUGGGCUUCCAGAGCACCGGGCUUUAAUGGAGGCAGCGUUUGUAUAUGGAAGCAAGUAUCAGUUUGUUCAGACGACUGGAGCGCCGAUCUUGAAACACAUGGGGGUUGAUGAUCUCUCCUCUUCCCAAACACGUCUUUGGUUUCUGCACUGUAAAGAUGUCUCCAACCAGAUAGAUCGCUGCCCGUGCACUCCCAUGAGGAAACCACUCGACACCAUCAACAUACACACAUUCCUCCAGCUGAUGGAGGCACCACUCGUAACAGAGACAACUGCUGACCCUUCUGAGGUAGACGUGAUUCAUAACCAUCUCAGUGUUCCCGUGCUCUAUCUGUUCUCUCAGCCCCAAACUAAGCACCUGGACGGGGUCACUGCUCAAACUGUGGCCCUGCAGCUCCGCGGAGAGGUCGGCGUUGUGCUCGUUCAUCGGGACAGUGCUAAUGUUAAAACUCCAUUGCAAUACAAUGCUGCCUACCAGCUUCCACAGGAGAAUGUGAAAUACAUUACUGUGAAUAGUGCUGAAGAGAUUGUGAAACAUUUUAAAGAAGAACUCAUACAAGAAAACAAGAUGAUAGAAGAUGAAGAAGAAAAUAAUGAGGAACAUUUGUCCGACCUCGAUAUCCUUGAUGAUGAGGUGUCCGAGUCUGUGUACAGAGACCGAGAUCUUAUGUUGGACCUGGAGUCUGUUACAGAGCUCACAUCAGACUCAUUUCAAUCUACAGUCACACAAAAUAAAAUCAUGGUGGUGCUGUUUUAUUAUAAAUGGGAUGCUGUGUGCAUGGCUUUCAUGCAUACAUACAUCGAAGUGGCUGAUGCACUUGAAGAUGUCAAUGGGUUGGUGUUAGCAGCAGUAGAUUGUGGUGAAUGGACAGGUAUCUGCAGUGAUCAGAAUGUCACUUCCUUCCCCAUCAUUAUGAUCUACCGGCCCAUAGAGGCCCCUCAGGUCUACAGAGGCAUGCUGGGAACCAACAGCCUACAGAAGUUCAUACUGCUGAGUCUAAUCUCAGGUCCUGUCUCUCUCUCCUCCUCGGCUGAGGUGUUGUCCUUUUUAGAGGGAGAUUUAUAUAGAAAACAUGCAGAUUUGUCUUCGAUCAGAGUGCUGGGCCUUUUUACUUCUGUACAAGAUGCGGGUGUUACUGCAUUUGAAGAAGCUGCAAAACUCCUCAGGGGAGAGACAAUUAUUGGCCUUUUUAAACACAAAGAGGCAGAGAAAUGGGUGGAGGGGCUGUCGGUGAACCUGCCAGCUUUACUGGUGUCCCGUGGCCCUCAAGUUUCUCGUGAGGCUUAUUAUCUUCCAUCCUCAUCAGCAGAAGACCUCGUCUCGUUUAUCCAGAGAGCAGUUUUGGAUCCUUUUCCUGAACUGACAGUGGAGAAUCUGCCCUGGCAUUUGCAGCUUGGAAAACCCUUGUUAUUGCUGUUCGUUGGAAAGUAUGACAGCACGGAGAGUACAACAUCUUUAGCAGAGAUGAAACAUCUGCUAAGCUCAGGACAGCUGCAUUCCUUCUUACCCUGCUGGAUUCAUCUAGGUCGGACACACAUUGGGAGGUCGGUCCUGGAGAAGUUUCUUGGGUUUGUACCUCCACUUCCAGCUUUGGUAAUAUCACAGUUAAGCGCUGGAGGAGAGGUGUUUCUGUUUCCUCCAGGGCGCCCCCUAAAGGCUGAAAACAUCCUGCAGUGGCUGCGUGCUGUGGAGAAGAGAGAUGAAUACCCAGCAGGUGUGAUACCUGACAAAGAAUGGGGCCCUUCAGUUCCAUUUUAUGACUUUUUGGCAAUAAUGGACCAAGAAGCACCGGGUUAUGCAUCUCAGAGGGGUCCUAAAAUGAAGACUGGGUCCAAAGAAAGCCACAGAGAGCAGAAGGACAAGGGUUCAAAUCAAAGACAAACAACACAUUCGUCAUCAAACCCUCAUAAACCUCACAAACACUCCGAACUGUAGAGUCAAAGCAGAUUCUCAAGGGCUUGACUCAUAUUGAAGUGAUGUGUAAGCAUUUCACAUUCAGACUGUUUGAUAUCUGACAUCUGCCCAUGUUUCUAGUGAGAUUUUUUUGAAAUAUGGACACGUGUGUGUGUGUGUGUGUGUGUGUGUGUGUGUGUGUGUGUAUUUGAAUGCUGUUUGUUGUUUUUUAUUUUCCAAUCAAUAUCAUGAUCAUCUUUUUAAAAUUAUUAUUAUUAGUUCAGUUUUCUGUAUAUUAUUCUUUGUAUACACAAACGUUUGAUGAUAAAAUUGACAAACUUUGUACUUUCCUGAAAAUUAAAGGAAAAGUUGACCCAAUAAUAAAAAAAAAUUCAUAAUUUACUCCCCUUCAUGCCAUCCCAGAUGACUUCCUUUCUUUAAAGCUGGAUGUGGUCUCGGUUUUGACUCUGACUCAACACUUAAUCUCUGGUCUUGGUUUUGAUUCUGACUUUAUACAGGUUUGGAAACUCAGGGUGAGUAAAUGAUGACACAUAUUCGUCAUUAUUUGUGGGUGGGACAAGAGUGAAGACCCACCGAGUUUUUAAGAUGAAUGAUAUUGGACCCACUUACUUUUUCUGUAAUUUAGCACAUGUCUGUCCACUGUCAUUGACAUCCAUUUCACUAGAGGAAUGCCCUAAUAAAUUAUACUCUGUUCAAUGUUUUAGCUACAGCCUUGACUUCCAUACUUCUGCUUCCUUAAAUCCAUUUUCACUUGCCUCAUUUAUUGUCCACAACAUAAUUUAAACUCCAUUUCGAGUUUUAAAAAAUUUCACUACUUUCGCCUGCCAUGCACACCAGGACAAAACAAGGUAAAUAUCAUUUUUAGACUAUAAUAGCAAUUGUUUUGAGGAACCAGAAUAAGAGAAAAUGGCGUCUAACAUUACUCCAGUAAUGUUUUGGACCCACCAACUUUUUGUUGGCUUUCGACGCCAAUGUGAUUUUCAUCUUUGGGUGAACUAUCCCAUUAACCCUCAUAAGCCCCUAUUUUCCUGUAUACGUUAGUGUUCCCUGUGGGUAAAAAUGACCCCAGAAAUUAAAAGGGUGAUUACAAAAAUAUAUACAUUUUUUACUUCUCAUCUAUACAUUAA